UAGAAAAAUACCCCUCAAUUAUAACACCAUCUCAUACCAAAACCCAAGCAGAUGACGUGCUUCUUCUUCCUUUGAUGUAUAAAUAAAUGAACUUGUUCUCCAUCCGACAUUGAAAAUCCACCCCAGAAGCGCUUUUUUUCCGUGCUUUGUAAGGGAGCGGAACCACCGCGAAGAGUCAAUAACUGGAAGGAAACCAAGAGAACCUAUUCUAUUCCUAUUACAAUAGUUGAUCUAUAAGAAGCACCUUACUUAUACCAUCAUUUGUCCCCUGCCUCGAGAUCUACUCCGUACAAGAUUGACCAUUCCAUUGGAAUAAUUCAUCGACAUGACGGACCAAUUCUCCUUCUCGUAUCCUUCGCCACUGGAAGGCUACGAAAACCUCGAGCCCCUCACCGAUGAAAAAACCGAGGACGGAAAGUCGCUCAAGAACCCCCAGCACGGAAUCCUCAGCAAAGCGUACAGCGAGUUCCCGGACCCUGUCGCCAGAGACCGUCGCGGCGGGUUCGACAUCCACAUCUACCAUUUCCAAAACAACCCAGACCAAGUGGUAUAUGCCAAAGCUCUACAUGAGAGAAUCCGGAGAGAGUUCCCCGAGCUCCGAAUCUACGCCUUUUUCGACAGACCUAUCGGCCCUCACCCGGUCGCCAUGUUUGAAGUCAACCUGUUCACUCCCGCGCAGUUUGGCGCCUUUGUGCCCUGGCUGGUGAUCAACCGAGGCCCGCUGAGCGCUCUGCUUCAUCCGAACACGGUGCUGGAGGAGGAGGAGCGGAACCAUACGCAGCGCGCAACAUGGCUGGGGGAGAAGAUCCCACUGGAUCUCCGGAUGUUCAAGUCGCUGAAUGAACGGCUUCGAAGGGAGAGGGAAGAAAGAGAACAAGCAGAGAAACAAGGGCAUCUUUAACGAAACUGAUACCUCAUUAUUCUAAUACGUUGAAUUUAUGCUCUUUCACGACUAAAAGGCAACUUACUGGAUUACUGGUGCCUAAACCUGGAUCCGAUCAGGCCAUGGCGCUAUAAAUGGGACGUUCUUCCUUUAUUUUAAAUCAUCCUUAUCAUACUUUAGAUUCAUCGAUAUGUCGACAUUAGAC